AUGGCCCAUUACGUGGAUGACCUUCCCGGAACCAGCGCUGGGACGUCGACCUCUGGACCGGAAAACAGCAAUUCGUUGAUUUCGUCAACCAGCAAGGGCCCCUAUGUUCAUCAGUUCAAACACCACUACACCCAUCUGAUGAACGCACUGUCGGAGCUGCGACGCGAUGAGGAGCUGUGCGAUGUCGUGCUGCUGGCUGGGACGCACCGAAUACCGGCACAUCGCGUCAUCUUGGCGGCCUGCUCGUGCUAUUUCAAGACAAUGUUCACCACCAGCCUCCAGGAAUCCAGCCAGCGCGAAAUACGAAUGCUCGAAAUCGACGGCCAAACACUGUCACAAAUGGUGAUGUUCUGCUACAGCGGCGAGUUGAAAAUCACUGACAGCUCGGUGCAACAACUCCUUCCGGCGGCCUGUUUGUUGCAGAUGGGCGAAAUACAGGAUCCUUUUGCCGACACGCACUCGUGCCGCGAGCUGGCGAGGAUCGCCGACGUCUACACGCAGAACAACUUUCAGCAAGUGAUCACAUCCGACGAGUUUCUGCAGCUCUCCCUUGAGCACCUGCUGAUAUUGGUGUCAAGCGAUGAGCUGCACGUGAAAUCUGAGGAGCAGGUUUUCGAAGCUGUCAAGCGAUGGAUUCACUGCGAUUUGGCGGGGCGCCGGCAACAUUUGGCGACGGUGCUCGAGUACAUCCGACUGCCGCUGUGCGAUCCCAAAUUUUUGGUGUCUGUCGUCUCGGAGGAUCCGCUGGUGAAAGCCGACCCUGCCGCUCGAGAUCUGGUAGAUGAAGCCAAGAACUACCUGCUCCUCCCCCUCGAACGGGCCCAUAUGCAGGGCCCGCGGACGCGGCUACGACGGGCCGCGUACUGCGGCGAAGUGCUGUACUCGGUUGGAGGAUGGUGUUGCGGAGAAGCAAUUAAACACGUCGAACGCAUGAACCCCAACCAGCGACAGCCAAAGUGGGAGCAGGUAGCCCCGAUGAAGAAGCCGAGGUGCGGCGUCGGCGUCGCCGUCUUGAAUGGGCUGCUGUAUGCCGUCGGAGGACACGAUGGCGUUGCGUAUCUCAACUGCGUCGAAAGAUACGAUCCCGCGACGAAUCAAUGGGACAACACUGUCGCCCCAACAACCUCGUCCCGAACAUCGGUUGGCGUGGCGGUGCUGAACCGCUGUCUUUACGCCGUCGGGGGCCAAGAUGGCGUCAGCUGCCUGGAUUUGGUCGAAAAAUACGAUGCUCGCGACAAUAAAUGGACCCAGGUGGCCAGCAUGGGAACGAGGAGGCUUGGCGUCUCGGUUUCGGUGCUCAAGGGAUGUCUUUAUGCCAUCGGAGGUUCAGACGGGCAAAACCCGCUACGAACUGUUGAACGCUACGACCCCCGGACCAAUAAAUGGACGUCCGUGCAGCCUAUGAAUGUCCCUAGAAAACAUCUCGGAACUGCUGUGUUUGAUGGGAAGCUGUAUGCGGUCGGCGGGCGAGACGAUAAGCUGGAGCUUGAUUCGGCGGAAUACUACGAUCCCAUUACGAACGAGUGGCGCUUCAUCGUCGCCAUGCAGAGCCGACGAUCUGGGGUUGGCCUUUCGGUGAGCAAAAACAAGCUCUACGCCGCCGGCGGGUUCGACGGGAACUCUUAUCUGAAAUCUGUUGAGGUCUACGAUCCACAGGAGAUGUCCUGGCGCUUCCACAGCAACAUGAAUUUUCGCAGAUUGGGCGGUGGGGCCGCGACUAUCCCGAUGCUGAACGUGCAGGAAGAUAAAGUCAAAGAGCAGCAGGAGACAAGCGAAUCGGGGGAAUCGCCAGAAGUCGAGAAACGUGAAAUGGAGGACAAUUUACUUGGAAGAAUGCUGAUUCCCAAAUCACACCGGCGCGCAAUCUACGAAUACCUCUUCAACGAGGGAGUCACCGUCGCCGCCAAGGACCCCAAUGCCAAGACGCACCCGAACAUCGAAGGAGUCACAAAUCUCGAGGUCAUGAUGGCCAUGAAGAGCUUGGCCUCGCGAGAGUUGGUGAAGCAGCAGUUCGCCUGGCGCCACUACUACUGGUAUUUGACCAACGAGGGCAUCACCUACCUCCGCGAAUACCUGAACCUGCCAGAAGGAGUCGUGCCCGCUACAGUCAAGAACAAGGCCAAGGAGCCCCGAUUGCCGCUCGGAGACCGCCCGUCCCGACCAGGCCCGAAGGCCGAGGGAGAUCGUGAUGCCUACAGGACGACCGAGAAGCAGACUGAUGCCGGACCCGGAGCUGCCCCCGUUUACCGAGCCGGAUUCGGACGUGGCGGCCCUGCACCUCAG